AUGUCCUUGACCGUUAAGCAUCUGAAUGCAGAUGCUUCAUUCCUGCUCACCUUUACGCCCAUUCUCCAAGCCUCGCCCUCCCCCGGACAGUCCAAUAGGGCAUUUACCAUUGUCCUCGAUCCAUGGAUCUCUGGAGCCUCCAAGAUAUACCAUUCAACGUUUUCCAUCUCAACACACAACUCUCCAUCAUGUAUCACGUCUCUACGAGAACUGCCGGAGCCAGAUGUUGUAGUUAUAAGCCAAAACAAAACCGACCACUGCCAUCAAGAGACGCUCACCCAGCUACCCCGACACGGAGGAAAGACAAUCAUACUCGCCGAACCAGCCGCAGCAAAGAUGAUUAGGGGCUGGAAAUAUUUCGAUGAAGAGAAAGUUGUCACUCUACCGAAAUGGGACGGCUCGAGACCCCACAAACCACUCAUAGUACAUCGCAUUCCCAUUCAACCCCUCGAUCCAGGUGGGACAAUGGGAGAAGUCACCAUUGCCUACCUCCCCCAGAAAGCGGAUAUCACUGGGCUGCACAGCGCCAUUGGCAUAACAUAUAGAGCACCGACUUCUAGCUUCGACUCGUUACUUCCACUGACCCCGCCGGCUUCCCCGACUCCCUCGACACUUUCGACGCCUGCCUGCGAUCGAGCACUCUCUGUUAUAUUCUCCCCGCACGGGUGCACUUACAAGACUCUCUCUCCAUACAUCGCCUCGCACCUCACCUCCGAAAUGGCUUUACCGCUCACUGCCCUGCUCCACUGCUUCGACCGAAUAGAUAACCCGUGGUAUCUAGGAGGGAACAUAUGCUCUGGGUUUCCGGGUGGAUUGGAAAUCGCACAGAAAUUGUGUGCGAAGGCUUGGAUAUCAGCACAUGAUGGCGACAAGGAGACGACUGGACUGGCAACUACCAAGAUAACCGUGGAGAAGUAUGAUAGGGAGAAGGUGGAGAGCGUGAUCAGUCCCAGAUGCGAGAAGUUUCCCCAUAGAAGAACGGGCACAGAGGCAGUGGUAUUGAAGGCUGGUGAGGAUAUGACUUUAAGUAAUAGUAUGGAAUUUGGAUCGGAUGAGUAG